AUGGCGCCAGGACUCAUAUCCGAGACCUCAGCUGCCCCGGCUGUCUCGCAAGAUGCGGCGAGGGCGUUGAGUGAGGUCACGGCUGGUUACGACGACACGCUGCGCUUUUAUCUGAAUGGGACGAAGGUGGUGCUAGAUGCUGCUGAUCCAGAGGUCACGCUGCUGGAGUAUUUGAGGGGGAUUGGGCUGACGGGGACGAAGUUGGGGUGUGCGGAGGGGGGUUGUGGGGCGUGUACUGUGGUCGUCUCACAAUACAACCCUUCAACCAAGAAAAUAUACCAUGCCUCUGUAAAUGCAUGUCUCGCACCGCUGAUCAGUGUGGAUGGCAAACACGUAAUCACAGUCGAAGGCAUAGGUAAUGUAAAACGGCCACAUCCAGCACAGGAGCGCAUCGCAAAGGGCAAUGGCAGCCAAUGCGGAUUCUGUACACCAGGUAUCGUCAUGUCUCUUUACGCACUUUUACGGAACAACGAUGCACCAACCGAGCACGAUGUGGAAGAAGCGUUUGAUGGCAAUCUUUGUAGAUGUACAGGAUACAGACCCAUUCUCGACGCUGCCCAAAGUUUCAGUGUCAAGACUGGUUGCGGCAAAGCAAAAGCCAAUGGUGGUGGAGGAUGCUGUAUGGAAAAGGACGGUAAAGGGGCCAGUGGUGGAUGUUGUAAGAGCGGAACAGACGGCGAUGAUCAGCCCAUCAAACGCUUUACACCACCUGGUUUCAUUGAAUACAAACCAGACACUGAACUCAUCUUUCCACCUCAACUCCACAAACACGAAUUUAGACCCCUCGCCUUUGGCAACAAGAAGAAAAAGUGGUUUAGACCGACUACCGUGCAGCAAUUGUUGGAGAUCAAAGAUGCUUAUCCGUCUGCAAAGUUGAUUGCCGGGUCCACAGAAACGCAGAUCGAGAUCAAGUUCAAGGGCAUGAACUACAGCGCUUCAGUAUUCGUCGGCGAUAUACCCGAGCUCAGGCAGUACACCUUGCACGACGAUCAUCUCGAGAUUGGCGGGAACGUCGUCCUCACCGAUCUCGAGGAAAUCUGCGUGAAGGCCGUGGCACAUUAUGGUCCUGUGCGCGGGCAACCAUUCAACACCAUACGCAAGCAAAUCCGAUACUUUGCGGGGAGGCAGAUUCGAAAUGUCGGUACCCCCGCGGGUAAUUUGGCAACGGCGAGUCCCAUUUCAGAUUUGAACCCCGUGUUUGUUGCGACAAAUGCCACACUCAUUGCCAAGAGCCUCAAGGAAACGACGGAGAUCCCAAUGGCAACAUUCUUCAAGGGGUACAGGCAGACUGCGCUGCCGCCUGAUGCUAUCAUUGCGGGUUUGAGGAUUCCGGUGGCCAAGGAAAAGGGCGAGUUCAUCCGUGCGUAUAAGCAGAGUAAGAGGAAGGACGACGAUAUCGCCAUUGUCAAUGCCGCUUUGAGGGUCUCUCUGGACGACGGAGAUGUGGUAGAGAGUGUGGAUCUGGUCUACGGUGGCAUGGCCCCUACUACGAUUCACGCGCGGAAAGCUGGAGACUUCUUAAAGGGCAAGAAGUUCACGGAUCUUGCGACUCUGGAGGGCGUCAUGGAUCAGCUCGAGGAAGACUUUGAUCUCAGAUUCGGUGUGCCUGGUGGCAUGGCGACGUAUCGGAAGACUCUGGCCCUGAGUUUCUUUUACAAGUUUUACCACGAGAUUUUGGCCGAACUUCAUGCUGAGGAGGUGGAGAUUGAUACUCAGGCUAUCGGCGAGAUCGAGCGGGAGAUCAGCUCAGGCAAGAAGGACGACAAGGCUGCCGAGGCGUAUAUCCAGAAAGAAGUUGGUCAGUCGAAGAGCCACGUCGCUGCUCUGAAGCAAUGUACAGGUGAAGCCCAGUACACAGACGACAUUCCCCUCCAACGCAAUGAGCUCUAUGGCUCCCUCGUUCUCUCUACAAAAGCACACGCCAAGCUGCUCAAGGUUGACGCAGCAGCCGCGCUCGAACUCCCUGGCGUCGUAGCUUACGUCGACCACAACGAUCUCGCAUCUCCCGAGGCAAAUUGGUGGGGUGCUCCGUCCUGCGACGAAACCUUUUUCGCAGUCGAUGAAGUCUUCACCGCCGGUCAGCCCAUUGGUAUGAUCCUCGCCGACACAGCAAAGCACGCCGAACAAGCUGCUCGCGCCGUGCAGAUUGAGUAUGAAGAUCUUCCGGCCAUCUUCACAAUUGAAGAAGCCAUCGAAAAAGAAAGCUACUUCAAUCACUUCCGCUAUAUCAAGAAUGGCGACCCAGAGAAAGCAUUUGCAGAAUCCGAUCACGUCUUUACAGGCACCGCGCGAAUGGGCGGGCAAGAACACUUUUACCUUGAAACACAAGCCUGUGUCGCCGUGCCCAAGCCUGAAGAUGGCGAAAUGGAAAUCUUUAGCAGCACCCAAAACCCCGCCGAGACCCAGGCCUACGUUGCCAAAGUCGUGGGCGUUGCCGCGAACAAAGUCGUCACGCGCGUCAAGCGCAUGGGCGGUGGUUUUGGAGGCAAGGAAACACGGUCUAUUCAGCUUGCUGGAAUCGUAGCAUGUGCUGCGAAUAAAGUCCGCAGACCGGUGCGCUGCAUGUUGAGCCGUGAGGAGGACAUCCUGACAUCCGGACAACGCCACCCUUUUCUUGCCCGCUGGAAAGUCGGGGUCAACAAAGAUGGUCGUAUCCAAGCCCUCGAUGCAGAUGUAUUCUGCAACGGAGGCUGGAGUCAGGAUCUCAGCGGUGCAGUGGUAGAGCGUUCACUCAGCCACAUCGACGGCGUCUACAGCAUACCCAACAUUCAUGUCCGGGGACGCGUUGCAAAGACAAACACUGUAUCCAACACCGCAUUCCGCGGCUUCGGCGGACCGCAAGGUCUCUUCAUUGCGGAAACCUUCAUUGAAGAGAUUGCAGACCACCUAGGCAUUCCGGCCGAGAAGAUGCGCGAGAUCAACAUGUACGGGCCAAACACAAGCAUGACGACGCACUUCAACCAAACCAUUCCAGACUGGUACGUACCCCUGAUGUACGAUCAAGUGCAACAAGAAUCCUCGUAUACUGCCCGCCGCGAAGCCAUCACCCACCACAACGCCACCCACAAAUGGGUCAAGCGCGGACUCGCCAUCAUCCCCACCAAAUUCGGCAUCUCCUUCACCGCGCUCUUCCUCAACCAAGCCGGAGCCCUCGUCCACAUCUACCACGAUGGCAGCAUCCUCGUCGCUCACGGCGGCACAGAAAUGGGCCAGGGCCUACACACCAAGAUGACGCAAAUCGCUGCCCAAGCCCUCGGGGUAUCCAUGUCUGAAAUCUUCAUUGCAGAAACCGCAACGAAUACGGUGGCCAAUACCUCCUCCACAGCUGCCUCGGCAUCCUCUGAUCUCAAUGGCUACGCCAUCCAAAACGCCUGUGACCAACUCAACGCCCGUCUCGCCCCCUUCCGCGAACAACUCGGCCCCACGGCAUCGAUGAAGGACCUCGCCCACGCCGCCUACUUUGCACGCGUCAACCUCUCCGCCCAAGGCUUCUACAAGACGCCCGAGAUAGGCUACGUCUGGGGCUCCAACACAGGCCGCAUGUUCUUCUACUUCACGCAAGGCGUCGCCGCCGCCGAAGUCGAAAUCGAUACCCUAACGGGCUCGUUUACGGUGCUGCGGGCCGACGUCAAGAUGGACGUUGGACGCUCCAUCAACCCGGCACUCGACUAUGGACAGAUUGAGGGUGCGUUUGUGCAGGGCCAGGGCCUGUUCACGACCGAGGAGAGUCUGUGGUUGCGCAGCUCGGGCCAGAUUGCGACGAGGGGGCCUGGGAAUUACAAGAUUCCUGGUUUCAGAGAUAUUCCGCAGGUGUUCAACGUGAGUUUGCUCAAGGGGGUCGAGUGGGAGAAUCUGAGGACGAUUCAGCGGAGUCGGGGUGUUGGCGAACCCCCCCUCUUCCUAGGCAGUUCCGUCUUCUUCGCCGUCCGCGACGCGCUCAAGGCCGCCCGUGCAGAAUUCAACGACACGUCGAUUUUGCACCUCCAGUCGCCUGCGACGCCCGAGCGCAUUCGCAUCUCGUGUGCCGAUCCUCUUGUCAAGCGGGCGUGGGUGGAGCCGCGCGAGGGUGAGAAGAGCUUCUUUGUUAGUAUUUAG